GUCUUGAAGGGCCGAAGCGCGUCGCGGGCAAAAGAAUAGCUGGCCGCUUGCCAAGUCGCUCUAGCCGCCGUAUUAUUCUUGUGGUACGUGGAGAUUGUCGAUUCGCCGUCGUGCAAACCCCGAUGACAUGCGCGCGACAUCGGAAGACCAGCUGCUCCACCCUCUUCUACAAUUAAACUAUAUUAGCAACGGAGUAGGGGCUAGUGCAGCAUAGCAGCGUAGCCAAUUUUAGAGCCGACAUCAUGCCAUCGUCGUUAUCACACGUCAGCUGGCAAGCAAGUAAAACGUCCGACACCGCUCAUGUCUUGCCGUGGCUGCCCGAUUUUAGUCGGAUAAAAGCUGGAUGUCGAGACCGCUUUGCUUGCGAUGAUUUCAUGCGCAAUCCGCGGACAGGACUACCCACGAUCGGACACGGGAAAGAGAGUGUAUCGGAGAUGCGAAUUCCGGCAGUUUCAGUCAUCGGUCUCCCAGCUAGCUUCACGACACCACCAUCACACUAGCCCGCUGUAGUGUGUCGUAUACUCUUCUCAUAACAAUUAUCUCUGCUUUCGCUACUCCUGUUCUGCUGCUAUUCUUGUUCCGUGACGCACCUCACAAUGCCGAUGUCGUAACGACAGGUGUCAUUCGCAUUCAUCAAAUGAUGCGGGAGAUGCUUCCCGUGAACGAUUGAGCCUAUCUAAAUGUCGGGUCAUCUCUUCGGGCAAAGCCCGAACUCAGCCGAAACAUAUGUUCAGGAAUUUGUCAUUCAAUAAAUUCAAG